GGUUGUGGUUGUAUCUGGAGCUAGUAUCGCUAGCUAGAUAGAGUUAAAGCCCAAGUUAAUUUAUUUGGGCUGCGUUAUAAAGAUUGUUAGUCUUGUAAACAGGAAAUUACUCUGUUUUGAAUUAUGUGCCGUGGUCAGCUAAUGAAGAACAUUAGAUAAGAGGGUUAGCAUUAGCUCAUCGUGACGUUAGCGUUAGCUUGUACCAAUGAUAAGGCGCUUGGGACUGGCUUGAUAACUAGCUAGUUCGUCAACGCCCGAUCUUUCUGUAGUUUUAUAGACAAAUAACGGCACCUAGACGUGUCUGUGCUGUUUAUUGUUUUAGCUACUUAUAUUGUUGGAGUUGCCAAAAUGGAUAAUAAUAUCAUACCGCUAUUUAGCGUAAUUAGCUAGCCAGCCAAGGUUAGCUUAACUGAGAUAAUAGGCCAUCGGCUGACAGGAAACAACCUACAAGUCGAUAACGUCAACCAGCCGGGUCCUCUUGACUGGUCUGAGCAAAACACAAAGAAAGCUCAUCUAGACUGAUUAAGUGUCAUCAUAUGUUGACUGAAAACAGGAAACGGCAGCGCAGUGGUGGUGAUGAGGAGAGUGGCCACCUGGUGCCCCAAGCCAAACGGCAGAGCAGAGGUCACCCUCUCUCUCCUGAGCCAGGCCGGGAUGCCUGGGACUCGGAGUCAUCCAACAGUGAGAGCAGCAGCAGCAUCAGCAGUCCUGAACAUGCAGCAGGGAGCUGUAGCAGUCAGUGUGCUGUUGGCCCCUGCAGUCCCCUCAGCACUGCCAAGUCUUCAGAGCUGGCCGGCCCUACGAACCCGGUGUCCUACCUGCAGAUCAACCGCAUCCUGAAGGAGGCCCACUUCCAGAGCCUGCAGAGCCGAGGUCAGCUCAGAGACACAUGAUGGCAUAGUGUCCGUCUGUCAGCCACCUGAGGACGGAUGCCCUGAAGCAUGUCAGAGCAUCACGUGCUGAAUCACUUCACUCAGCGCUUCCCCACCCAUCUGCAGUUAAUGUGGUACCUCACAGCUCAACAGAUCUGUGGAUGGAGACCAGCACCUGGUCAGGUAUCUGGGGGCGAUUCAUCAUUCAAAUAAAUCAAAGUGAUAAUCAUUUUAGCAAUAAUAACUGUGUGAUCAACUUAAUACAUUUUGUUUUGAUCCACUUAGUUUCUGACCAGUGUGGUUUACGUGCUGCUCUGAGAGUCUUAUCGUGACUGAUUGAUAAUGUAUUUUGUCUUAAAUGUUGUAUGGAAACAGUGGAGCUGCAGAAGUGGCACCAAAACACAAUUUUAGGCCGGUCAGUGUGACUUGUUUAGUGUUCUCGUAGGGUACUUGGGUUGUAUAAUGCUGAAUCAGAUGUCUGUGUAAGUACAUGGACCAGUCUCAGGGAGGAUUUGCACUUGUCUCGGACUGCUCAUCUGCUUUCAUAUUCAGACAGGGACUCCUUUACAGGGGACUGUACUGUAGAACCCACGGGUGUGAACUUGGCUUAUUCGGCUGUUUUCCACCCUUAUGUAGAUACUAGGUUAUUUAAAAAUGCUUUCAAUAGAUUUCAGUUAAAUGUAGUGGAGUCAGGCCACAGAACAAGUGAUUAUGUUUUCGAGUGGGUCAUACACUUUCAUAACAGGAUUUCAUAACACUCCAAGACAGGGAAUUUUGGAACAUAUUUGCUAAUUUUUCAUCAACAACUGCACUUUCCUUGGGUGAAAAAUCAACUCUUAGUGCAGUAAGUGCAUCGAGGUGCACAUCCAGUUCCAGGUGCAGAUUAAAAUUUUAUAAACACACUUGAUUAUUACAAUCUUUGUUGAGUCUUGUUACUUUCUGGAGUUCAUUUUUUCCCCUUUUUUCCCCCCCCUCCUGAUCACAAAUUCGACUAUUUCAUGAGAAAUAAUCUCUCGUUUCUAUGUGGUCACUAGAUUUGGUGAUCUGACAUAACCCAGUGGUUUUCUCAUGAUUGUUAGGUAACAUCUCAAGUCAUCUAUAAUAAGCAGCAAUGUGACAGGUUAGAGUUCAUAUAGGAAUUUAAAUACAUUAUUUUAAAACGAUGCAACUACAACCAAAAGAGCUCAUCCAAUGUCACUGUAUUAUCUACAAAGAGUGAUGGUUCACUAGUGACAGUUAUCAGUUAGAAAAUGCUCUUGAACAUGAAGGAAUAUUAGGGGGAGAUUGCCUUAUUUGUGUGGAUUAUAGAUGACUACUCUUUUCUAAUAGUAAUGAGAAAUAUAGUUUGGUUAAUGUCAGAAUUUAUCACAAGAGGACAAAGUUUACUAUGUUGAAAUCAUGAGAGUACUUUUGUCAUGAGAUAAGGUCAGGCAAGGGAAAACAUCAUUUUUGUUUUUUUGUGCGUUUAUCACCUGUUUUGUUUUGAUCACAAGGAGAAAACAACAAUAGUAACACCUGUGAACGCUACAACCUUCCAUAUUUUCUUUUACUUUGUCAGUCUUUCUUUUUUCUUUCAAUAUGUAUAACGAGCUGUUAGAUGUGGCAUUCAAGAGCGUUGGGACUUGUCGUUUAUUCUGUCCACAGAGGGUUGUAGUACAGCCUUUAGGAACAGAAAAACAUUCCCCAGGUUUGGAUUGCAAUGUUACUGGAGCCACUAAAAUGCGAUUUUUGAACUGCGGACAAGCCUUUCUGCCAGAGCGCUAUCUCUUUGAAGGUUGCUGUAUGAGAAUUCCUGUGCACUAAACAUCCACGUAGGUGUCCUGACAACCAGAUGUAAGGCGAUGCAUCGCCUUUUCUAAAAGCAGGAUUGGUGUCUUUGACGGACCAUUGCCCCAGGCGUAAGCUCAGCAGUUUAUUUUUAUUUUUUUAACUGGUGUAUCAGAAAUAAAAACAUUUUGAAGAUGUGGUUUAUUUUUUUUUCCAAUUCUAUAUAUUUUUUGUAUUUAGUAAAGUAAAUGAUAUUAACCUGGCAUUGUUUUUUUCCUUGUGAAUAUCCCCGCAUUUCAGAAAUAAAAUUUAUUGUUUUUUGAACAA